GUCACAGCCAAGGAGUGCGGGAGAGAGUACGACCAUGCAGCGUUUAAAGGGGCAAGACUUGCGCCUGGAGACCGGCUAUGGCUCAGGAAGUUAUACUCGGGUCUCUACAGUCUCCUUUUGUGCACCAUUAAAAGAAAGAGGAAGUUUUGUGUCACCAGCUGAGUGCGUUCACAUGCUGCGCACCGCGACACUCAGCCGGCGCGCAGAGAGGACUUGUUUUUCGGCUAUGGAUGUCUACCAGGAGGCUGUGCAAUAUCUGGAGUCACAGAACAUACCAGUGUCUGCUGCAGUGGCAGAAGAAGCUGAUGUCUUGGAAGAGGAUGUUUUCCCAGAGGAGGCAGUGUCCUGUUUUCUCUCCCCGCUGAACACUGAGAGUGUGGACUUCCCUGACACCCCUACAACAUGCAGCAAGGAGGAAAUGCUGGAAAGGAGGCUCACGGUGCUGAAAGGCAUCCUGGAGAGCGAGGAGGUUUACCUCAGAGAGCUGGACACCCUGUUGAUGCCCAUGAAGGCUCUGCGGGCUUCAGCUGGGACCUCUCAACCAGUUCUGUCCAGCCAGCAGGUCCAGACCGUUUUCUAUCAGGUGCCUGAGCUCAGAGACGUGCACCAAACUUUUUACUCAGGUCUGAAGGCCCGUUUGAGUGCUUAUGACCAGACUGAGAUCAGCCCUGGUAAUGAGACAGAAAUGAGAUGCAGAGGCUUUGAGCUGGUGGUCGGGGACCUGUUCCAGAAAAUGGUGAGCCAGAUUGGUCUGUACGGUGGCUUCAUUGAAAACUACGUGAAAGCUGUUGAAGUGGUUAGGAAGUGCACCCACUCAGACCCUCGCUUUCGAACUCUGGCAGAGAGCAUGAUGUCUAACAACGGCACAGACAAAGCUCGGACUACGUACACAUUCGAAGCUCUUCUUUACAAGCCCUUGGACAGAGUUACAAAGACCACAUUAGUGCUGCAGGAUCUCCUGAAGACGACGCCAACAGAGCAUAGAGAUUACACAGCCUUACAGGAAGCUCUGAGAUUGUCUCGCAGCUUCCUGUCUGGUGUCAACGAAAGUUCACAAAGUAAACGGGAGGUCACGUUAAGUCGUGGGAUGAGACGCCAGCUAAUGCGUGAUGGCUUUCUGGUGGAUGUGAGUGAGAGUGAACGCAGCCUGCGUCACCUCUUCCUUUACACCGACCUCCUGCUGUGCACAAGAUUUAAACAUGCAAAUAGAGGGCUCCGGCAAAAUCCGAAAACAUCCAGGAGCCUGGCAGCUCGUAGCCAGAAGAAACUGGAACAAAUGGAGCUGAUGUUGCUCACACACUUGAUUGCUUACAGACUGGAGCUGCACAGCCCCAGUGGCAAGAGUCACACUCUCCUCUUCUCCUCUCUCUAUGAACUAGAAGAAUGGAGGCAGGCCAUACACAAACUCACCACAGCUAACAUAGAAACUGUCCCUCCAGACUUGCUCACGUUGACCAGUUCGUGUGUGAAAUUGAGAAUGACCCAGCAGCCACCUCUACAUAGCACUAACGCCGGACUGAACGAGGAGGCGUUAUGUGGGACUUUGAGUGUGGCCAUUGAUUCUGCCGCUGGCCUACAGCAGCCAGCUUGUGUGUAUGUGUGUGUGGAAGUGGAUGGCUUCAAGUUUUACGAUCAGCAGACCCAGACACACUCUUCAGUCCUCAGCCUAAACCCUCACUGGGACCAGGAGCUGUCUUUCCAGGUGGAUGGUGCACAGAACUUGAGGGUGUUAUGUGUGAGUCAGUCAAAUGGACAGGAUGAUACUGUUCUGGGAAAAAAUACAGUAAAGUUGGACUCUAAAACUCUGAAUAAGCGAUGGAAAAAACAGACCCUAAAGCUGGGCCAGGUGGAGCUCACCCUCUCUCUCAAGUACUGUCCCCACCCACUGGGACCACCCAGCUCCACAGUUCAACAGCCGCCAAUCUUUGGCGUCCCCAUUGAAACCGUGGCAAAACAGGAGGGAGUGCUGGUUCCUCAUGUGGUGCGAUGCUGCGUGGAGGAAGUGGAGAGGAGAGGCAUGGAUGAGGUGGGAAUCUACAGGAUUUCAGGAACAACCAGUGAAAUCAGCACGCUCAAGGCUGCGUUCAACAACAAUCUCCGUGAAGCGGUGACGAAGCUGAGAAGCGCAGAAGUGAACGCUGUGUCUGGUGUUCUCAAACUUUACUUCAGAGAGCUGCCUGAACCCCUGAUACCCACUGAGCUUUUUCAGAGUCUGACAAGAAGUCUAGACAUCCAGGAUCAAAACCCACGGCUGGUCUCCAUGUUGUCCCUGCUGCAGUCUUGCCCUGAUGCCAACCGCCACACCUUCCUCUACCUGCUGCAUCACCUCCAACGAAUCUCAGAGAGGCAACACAUUAACAAGAUGUCUCUAAUAAACCUUGCCACUGUGUUUGGGCCGAGCCUCCUACGCCCCCCAGUGGCUGGGCAGGGACACCAUGGGCCCACUGUGGAUAUCUCUCAGGAGGUGGUGGUACAGGUCCAAGUCGUUUUCAGCUACCUGCAGUGCAACAACCUCCCUGAAGCCCAGCUCUCUCUGCCACAUGACUCGGACACUGAGGAUGAGGCCACCCACAUAUGAGACCACCAGCUGUGUCAUGGCCAGCAAGACAUAUAAAUGGUUAGAAACCACACUGUGAGCGACUGCUGUAAGAUUACCAAUAAGAAUAAACCUAUUUAUUGAAUUUUAAAAAA